UCCAUAGCAUUGUUCGCUACUAUGUGGAGAUAAAUCAGUGAGUGUGCAUCGGCUUCAACAAAGAUUAAUAGUAUUUUAGUAUUAUUAAGCAGAUUGUGUCGUCGUAAGUGACCGAUUUCUUGCAACGUAAGAAGUGGCGUGACCUAGCAUCAAAAUGAGUAAAGAAACAGACCAAUCACAUUCAAAAGUAGAAGACAACUUCAGCUCCACAGCUGAACUUGCGAAAAACACGGGAUUUCAAUCAACACUGAGCAUCGCAUCUAAAGAUGUCGAGGAACAGAAAAAGCCCUAUAACCCUUUUGAAAAUAGAAACUUGGAGCACCCUAAUUCCACGCUCGGGUCGAUAGUGCACCUGCUGAAGGCGUGCCUCGGGUCGGGCAUCCUCGCCAUGCCGGCCGCCUUCAAGAACUCCGGCCUGCUCGGGGGCUCUAUAGGCACGCUGAUUGCGGGCGUCGUCUGCACGCACGCCAUGAAGUUGCUGGUUGAUACAUCACAGAAGGUGUGCGUGGACGCCGAGAAACCUUUCUUGGGUUAUGCUGAUACUUGCGGAGCCACUUUCAAGUACGGGCCGAAGGGAUUACGCAAAUAUGCUAACGUGUUCAAAACUUUAGUUGACUUCUCGAUGGCGGCAACGUACAUUGGCGUCAUGUGUGUCUACAUAGUGUUCAUCGGAUCCUCAUUCAAAGAGGUCCUGGACCCUUACACCGUUGGAAACCAGCUCUCGAUCCAGAUGUAUUGCGCCUUAACACUAGUGCCGUUAGUGCUCAUCUCCCAGAUACGGAACCUGAAAUACUUGGUGCCUUUCUCUCUGCUCGCGAACGCUCUCAUCACCGUGGUGUUUGCUAUAACAAUGUACUACAUGUUCAGCGACCUGCCGUCGAUCACUGACAAUGAUCGCGUGAAGGUGGCCAGCCCUAUGCAAUGGCCGCUGUUUUUCAGCACGGUGAUCUUCGCGAUGGAGGGCGUGGGCGUGGUGAUGCCGGUGGAGAACGAGAUGAAGCACCCGCAGAGGUUCCUGGGCUGCCCCGGCGUGCUCAACGUGUCGAUGGUCAUCGUCAUCUCUCUCUACGGCAUCUUCGGCUUCUUCGGGUACUUGAAGUACGGCGACGCGGUGAAGGGAAGUAUCACGCUGAACUUGCCGCAGGACGCUUGGCUGGCGCAGGCCGCUCAGCUGCUGAUGGCGCUGGUGAUCUUCUUCUCGUACGCGCUGCAGUUCUACGUGCCCAUGGAGAUGAUCAACCGCAUGCUCGCCAACAGGAAGACCAGGGACCACGAGAACGUCAUACAGAUCACGAUCAGGACCGUGCUGGUCGCUGUCUCAGUCGGCAUCGCGGCGGCCUUCCCGAACCUGGAGCUGGUCAUCAGCCUGGUCGGCGCCAUCUUCCUGUCCACACUGGGCAUCCUCAUCCCUGCCAUCAUCGACACGGUCUACCGCUGGGAACGAGGGCUUGGCCCCUGCAAUUACGUACUCUACAAGAACAUCGUUUUAGGGUUCAUUUCCGUGUUUGCACUGUUCUCGGGGUCUUAUACUUCUAUUUCAGCCAUGCUGGCGGGUGAAGGGCACGAUGUUAUUGAAGAAAUAGCCAGUAAUGCCACGUUGUUCUAGUUAUUUACGUAAUGUUCUAUAAUAGUAGGAGUUAGGACUGUAAUCCUUGCUGGAUUACGGCAAAGCCUGCCCUAACGAUGGCUCCGGGUUGUUAGUGAUUGUUCUAAAAAAAGGUCAUUGCCACAAAUGUAAAAGGUAUAGUGCAAAUAUAUAUAGAUAGUGAAUAUAAUAAAUACCUACAUUGCUAAUCCAAAAUUAUACAAUGUUAGGAACCUUAAAAACAACUUGUGUCACCUUGUUCGGGGUAAUACUAUAAUAUCUGCAGUAAAAUAUAGUUUCAAAAUUACUAAUAAUGACAGUCUAAUCUCAAUAGGGAUGUGAUUCAGUACGCAGGGAAUCUUCUACAAACUCACUUAGCCACAUCCCUAUUUAAUUAUCUCCUAAAAGCGGCAACCACAAUACGUCAUUUUACUACAGCUAAUAAAAAGUUUCAAUGGCGGGAAAAUGUGUGUGUUGUGUGUGUGUGGGCCACCUCUUAAUUCUUACACGUGUCACUCGGGAGUCGGCCAGAGUCCUUCCAUAUUAUUGUAUCCACGUGUCAGCAUCACCGUCAUAAAAUAAGUAUGUUUAAUAUUUAUACUGUGCAUAUUACAAGGUGUUAAAAAUAAAGGGAACUCAACUCAAGGAGUCGUCUCAAACAACAUUUAAAAUUGGCAAAAUAAUCCUGUAAGUACUUAUGUACCAACAGGUCACGUAAUUUUCAACUAUGGGGAGUUGAAUUUUUUCACGAAUUUACUUACCUACUACUUGUGCAAUAUUAAGUGCCAUACGCGCUAUUUUAUUCCACUCAGAUAAUAAGUAAGUAAGAUAAGAAUUUAAAAGUUCGUCGUUAUUUAUUUAUUACUUUGUAAUAUGUGUAAAAGAUUACUGAAUAAAAUGUUAAGCAAAAAUUAUAUUAUGUAAGCAAAUUAAACAUAAUAUAUGAAAUAUGUAAUAAAA